CUGUCAUGAUACUGAUUACAGGGAUAGUAAACUUGACUAUGCCAAAGCAAAAUACCGUCAUGACGUUGUUUACAGGGUGAGUAAACUUAAAAAUCUUUAUGAUGCAUAUCACAAAAAUGUUGAUGCUCGUAUGGUUAAAUGUGAACGCUCAAAACGUGUGUACUCAAGUAAUAUGCAGUUUAAGAAACUUGUUUGCAAAUAUUCACACGUGAAAUUCAAGAGCAAUAUGGGUUUUCAGACACGUGUGCGUGAGUAUUCCAAGAAGAAAUACCUUCAAAACCUGGCCUUUAAGGAAAGGGUACAUGAGUAUUCCAGAAAGAAAUACCUUCAAACAAAGAAAGAACAAAAACUAAUUGAUUCUAGUAUUGCUCAUUUUUGCCAGGAAGUAAGUAGAGGUCCAGAGUUUGUGUGCUCUGUCUGUCACCGUUUACUUUUCAGAAAGCAAGUAAAAGAAUGCAAAAUUGAAUGCUAUGAAAAGAAAGGAGAACAAAUUGCUGCUUUGGCCAGAAGAUGCAUCACACUGAGGUAUGUUCAUGUUUGUGAUGAGAGAUGUUCUGGUAAUUCUAAUGUUUCUUCUGCAGAGUGCAAACUGUGGAUCUGUCCAACAUGUCAUCGAAAAAUCCUGUAUGGACAAUUGCCUGCGGAAAGUGUUGCUAACAACAUGCAUUUGGUGGAUAUUCCAUAUCAGCUGAAAUGUCUUAAUUCAUUAGAACAACAUCUAGUUGCUCGUAACAUUCCUUUUUUGAAAUUGCUUUGUCUCCCCCGCGGAAAACAACAGGGUUGUCAUGGGCCAGUUGUCUGUGUGCCUGUAAAUGCCUCUGACAUCUGUAAUAUUCUUCCACGAAAUGAAUAUGAUGACAUGAUGGUAAGGAUCAAACUGAAGCGCAAGUUAACAUUAUAAGUUACGAGUAUUACGAGUAUAAGUAUGUGCACACUGAUCGUGUUAGAAAUGUUUAAUCAGGUGCAAUAGGUGGUAUAAAGAUGUUGAGAUUAAUGAAUGGUGGGUCAACUCUUUGGAUGAACCGCCAGAGAAUGUUGUUUGUGAUGAAGUGCAGGAACAAAAUGCUGAAGCUGAAAAUGGUGAUGGGCAAAAUGAUCCUGAAGAAGAAACUGAGGAAGACUUGACCUAUAUCAAAGAGCAAUGUGGUCUUUUGUCUGACACGUCAUUACAACCUGUUGAUGUGGGUUCUGAAAUAAUUGAUCAGCAUUUUCAGGAUGUAUUAAAUGUUGCGCCAGCUGAAGGUAAGAGUCCUGUUAAAUUGCUAUCUGAUAAAACAAAUGAAGCUAAAUGUUUUCCUGUUCUUUUUCCAACUGGUGGCCCAACAUUCCAUGAUGACAGGGAAGUAAAAAUCACACUGUGCCGAUACCUAAAUGCGAGAAUUCUGAAUGCAGAUGGGCGUUUUGCACAAAACACAGACUUUAUAUUUUAUGCACAGAAUUUGUCAGAAUUGGAUCAAAUUGUGUCUAACGUUUCUAUUGCUUUACGAAAAGGUUCAGACAACAGUUUGUUAUAGGCAGUUACAUCAGAUGUGCUCACUAACCCAGAAUCGUUAACCAAGUUGCUGAAUUACGAUGAAGGCUACAAGCUUUUAAGGCCAGUCCGUGGAACACCGCCAUAUUGGCAAAGCACUCAGAAAGAUAUUUUUGCUCUCAUCAGACAACUAGGUAUUCCAACUUUCUUUGCAUCAUUUAGCUCAGCAGAUCUAAGGUGGCCUGAAAUGAUCAAAACCAUUCUUAUUCAAGAAGGUAAGAAUUUAAAUGUUGAUGAGCUUGAUUGGUCUGAAAAAUGUGGGCUGAUUAGAAGAAAUCCCGUCACUGCUGCAAGAAUGUUUGACCAUAGGUGGCAUUGUUUUUUGAAAGAUGUAAUUAUGUCUCCUGCUCAACCUAUUGGAAAGGUAAUCGAUUACUUUUACCGUGUGGAAUUUCAGCAGCGUAGAUCUCCUCAUGUUCAUUGUCUGUUUUGGGUAGAAAAUGCUCCAAAGUUAAAUGAAGACAAUGAAGACAAUGAUGCUUUGGUUGCUGGAUUUGUAGAUCGUUACAUCACUUGUGAGAUCCCGAGUGAGGAUGAUACUGAAUUGUAUGAGACAGUCAACAGUGUUCAGAAGCACAGCAUCAGACAUUCUAAGACAUGUCGUAAGAAAAACACAGUUUGUAGGUUUAAUUUUCCACGGCCACCAUCUGGUCGCACAUUUAUAUCAAGAGCCUAUUUGGGGCAAUGCAAUGAUGAAAAUGAGACUGCAAGUGCAGUUUUGAAGAAAAUUAAAAGUGCCUUAACAGAUUUUGAUGUCAAUUUUGUUUCAACAGAUGCAUUAUUUCAAUCAAUUGGGAUUAAUCAGGCUGUGUUUGAGAAGGCUUACAAGAAAUGUUCAAAGAAGAAAAGUGUUGUCUUGAAACGAAAUCCAAAUGAUGUUUGGGUAAACCAGUAUAAUAAACAUCUUAUACGUGCAUGGCACGGCAACAUAGAUAUCCAGUAUGUCACUGAUGCUUACUCUGUAGUGGUUUAUAUUAUUAGUUAUAUCACAAAAGCAGAGCAAGAAAUGGGACUGUUGCUGCAACGUGCACAGAAUGAAGCGAUGGAUGGAAAUCAUGAAGCAAGAUCAGCUUUGAAAAGGUUGGGAAGUAUAUAUUUACACAACAGGGAAAUCUCUGCUCAAGAGGCGGUGUAUCGACUAACAGGUAUGCACUUGAAAGAAUGUUCUCGCAAAGUCCAGUUUAUUCCAAUUGGCACAGACCCUGUGAAAAUGAGUUUACCUCUGCAUGUGCUGCAAGCUGAGCAGUCAGGUGAGAAAAGCACUAUUUGGAUGAAGAGUCUCGUCGACAGGUACAAGAGUAGACCCAAAACACAAAAUUUUGAUGUUAUGUGUAUUGCAAGUUUUUGUUCAGAAUACAGGAUAUUGUCACAAUCUGAGCUUUCUUCACAAAAGUCCUCCAAAGACAAAGUGAUCAAGCUUAACAACAACUGUGGCUAUAUGAUACGAAGAAGUCGAACCAAGCCAGCAGUGGUCAGGUAUCCGAGAUUUUCACCAACAAAGGAUCCAGAGAAGUACCAACAUUCAUUGUUACAACUUUUUUUACCACAUUAUGAAGAUUGGCAGCUGAAACCAGAUAAUUUUAACACUUAUGAAGAUUUCUACAACCAUGGUGCUGUAAAAUGUGGAAGUAGUCUAGCAAGUGUCAAGUGUACUGUUGAUGCAAAUUGAGCAAUUUUUGAAAAGGAAAGUGAUAAAAUAAAUAGAGCUCAACAGCUUUUAGAGCAAGGUGUUGAUUUAGAAGAUGCUUGGGCUCUACUGUGCCCUGAAACUGAGAAAGAACGUGAUGAAUGUUUAAAUCUAAAGAAGCAACGAGAAUUGACAGAUGAAGAUGAUUCUGGCACACUUAUUCCAGAUCUUGCAGCAAAUGCUCAAACUGCAUUCACAAUUGAUACUAGUAAUGCUACAAUGUCUAGAGAUGAAGCAUUGAGUUUACUAAGAUCUUUAAACGCUGAACAAUCUGCAAUAUUUCACAAAAUCCGCAAAUGGUGUCUACAGAAAGUAUAUGGUGAAAAUUCUGAACCAUUUUUCUUGUUUGUUACAGGUGGAGCAGGCACAGGAAAAAGUCAUUUAAUCAAAGCAAUUUACUAUGAAUCUUGUAGGCUCUUAUCUCAGCUAUCUGAUAACCCUGAUGAUAGAACUGUGAUUUUAUGUGCCUCAACAGGUGUAGCUGCUUACAUUAUUGGUGCCGCAACCAUCCACAACACCUUUUCUAUUGGUGUUAAUGUCAAUUUGCCAUAUCAACCUUUAAGUGAUGACAAAAUCAAUUCUCUGCAUUCCAAAAUGGCUUGUUUGCAAAUCUUGAUCAUUGAUGAGAUAUCCAUGGUUGACCAUCAUCUUUUGUCUUAUGUUCAUGGCAGGUUGCGACAAAUCAAGCAAACUGGUGACUACUCUGUAUUUGGAAAAGUAAGCAUUAUUGCUGUAGGAGAUUUCUAUCAGCUUCCGCCUGUCAAAGGUACUCCCCUCUAUGCCGAUGCAAAAGGAGUGAAUCUUUGGGAUAACAUCUUUGAAAUUGCUGAAUUAACAAAUGUUGUUAGGCAAGAAGAUGCAUCUUUUGCAGAAAUGUUAAAUCGUCUGAGAGUUCGUAAAAAGAAUGAAUCUCUGAGUCUAAGUGACAUUAACAUGCUGAAGCAAUGUGAAACUGGUGAGGUAUGUACUGAUAUUCACAUAUUUCCUACAAAUUCUGAAGUUGAUGAAUAUAACAUGCUCAUGCUUCAUGAGUGUUGUCCAGAUGUGAUCAGUAUUCGAGCUCGAGAUUUUGUGAGGAAUCCUAAAACUGGACGAAUGGAACCCAAGGUUGGAAUGCAUACAAAAGUUUUCAACUCUUGUUUAUCUACCUUUGUUUCCUUGGGUGUUGGAGCAAGAGUAAUGUUAAAGAAAAACGUGGAUGUUUCUGAUGGCCUUGUUAAUGGAGCAUUUGGCACUGUUGUCCACAUAAGUGAAAGUCAGAAACAUGAUGAUGACGAUGACAAUGAUUUCCCCUCAGCCAUUCACGUAGUCUUUGAUGAUCCAAAUGUUGGUAAAGUUCAGCGAUCAAACCAACAGCCGAGAUUUUCCAAAAACGCAACUGUAAUUGAAGCACAAGAAGAUCAUGUCACAAAUGAUGGUGGCAUAAGACGUCAGUUUCCACUGAAAUUGGCAUGGGCGUGCACUGUACACAAAGUGCAAGGGCUUACAGUAGAUAAAGCUGUUGUAUCGCUUGACAAGAUCUUUGCUCCAGGACAAGCAUAUGUUGCAUUGAGUCGUGUGAGAACCAUCGAUGGAUUGAUCAUUCAAAACUUCAAGGAGUCUGCCAUAUAUUGCAAUGAUAAAAUUGAGCAAGCAAUGAAAAAUAUGGUCAAAUUUUCUUUAGAGAACAACGGUUUCAGAAAUACACCGGGUAUAUUUAGAAUUGCUCUUCAUAAUGUGCAAAGUCUUCAAGCUCACAUUCAAGAUGUUCGAGCUCACAGACAGCUUUUGAAUGCAGAUUGCAUUUGUUUAACUGAAACAUGGUUAAAAGCUGAAGACAAGGAAGAUGAAGUACAGAUACCAGGAUUUAAUUUUAAGCAUAAUCCAAGAGCUAAUUGUUAUGACAACAGCAGUGUGCUUUUCAGUAAUUUAAAAGCCCAACGAGGAGGAGGAGUUGGAAUAUACUGUUGUCAAAAUGUGGUUUCUAAUGUCAUCAUUCCAGAACCUUGUAAUUUGGAAUGUCUCUACUUGACAAUUCCACAUGUGAAUUUAAAUGUUGCACUGCUGUACAGGCCUAAUUCAUAUCCAAUUGACAUGUUUCGACUAAAUGUAUCACAUGUCAUUGCUGAGCUGGAGAAACAUCCCGGAACCAAACUAAUUAUGGGGGACUUCAAUGAAGAUAUCAUAACAUCAUCUACUAUUAGGAUGUUGAUGGAAUUUAAUGGAUACAGUCAACAUGUGCAACAUCCAACAACUGAGAAACGUACAUUAAUAGAUCAUGUGUAUGCUAAAGAUGUGCAAAAUAUUUCAGUUGAAAUUAGUUCGACAUAUUAUAGUUAUCACGAGGCAGUGCUAGUUACAGUAUGGUAAUAUGUAUGUAUAUUGAACACUAUAUGACUUUGAUUUCUCUUGUCUAUUUGUCUUUGUCUGUCUGUUCUACAAUGUGAUGCUAACACUGAGAGUGAUGUCUACAAAAUGCUGUACAGGUUUGCAACUGGUAAAGGUAUGCUAAUAAUCUAUCUAUAUCAAACGGUUUACUUAAAGAUGCAUCAGUUUUAUUUGGUACUACCAUAUCAACAAGGAAGAAAGUCAUGUAAGGUAUUUCGCUUGUAUGGAAUUUAUGUCCAUUCCAAGAUAUUUGUAUUACUGUAUUGUCUCUCUUUGUAUAUCCCAAGUGCCAACCAUGGUAAGAAUCAAAGAUGUCCAUAUUACUAGCAACUGCAUUCCAGCUUUU